AUGUAUCUUGGGAGUGAGAAACACCUUGGAAUGAUCCCUCAGGGUGCAUCAGCAUCUUCAGAAGCUGUCGAAUCUUUCAGUGAGAACUCUGGAAAUGAAACAAUUGAUGUCUCUUACCCAACGCCCAUCAACACAGCAGUGGCUUCAUCUAUCAGCCACUUAUCAAAUGUCUUUAUAUAUGUGUCAAUUUUCCUGAGUUUGUUGGCUUUUUUGCUUUUGCUACUGAUAAUCGCAUUGCAUAGGCUUAAGAAUGUCAUUGGCUCCAGUUCUUCUUGUCCAGAGUGCACAAGCACCACAGGGAGUUCUUUCACCAAUCUGGAAGUAUGCAGCCUCUCAUCCCAGAGGUCUGCCUUCUCAACUCUCUCCAGCUAA